AUGUUUAACCACUGCACAAGACGUGUAUUGUUUCCCUUCUCCUUUCCUGUUUCCCGUUGUUGCUGUUUUUCUGUUUUGCUGUUGUUUGCUAGCAACUCAAGCUUCUUUUGCUCCUCUUCAUGUUCGCAGCAACCAAAUUCUCGCACAUCUUCUCUUCCCCAAUACGUGAACGGGUUUCAGCGGAUGCCGUUUUCUUUUUUCUUUAUUUUUCAUUGUUUGAAUCAGGGUGAACGUGCCACCGUUGAACAACGGUUGUUUGGCGUGGAUGGGAGAGGUGGAAGGGAGAGGCUUGGUGAGUUGCGGAGCGCGCUGUGCGAACCAACAAAAGAAGACAUGCGGACCGCACGGGAAGCACGAGCUGCCGUCGUUUAA